CACCAAACCGCGGACAUCCGGUUACCGCCAUUUCAGAGAGUGAUCUGCUCUCGGCGUGUUUCUUUGGACUCUCCCGAAUGGUUAGCUAUUUUUCCUGAAAAUCUCGCUAGUAGCUCUUUUAUUUUUCGCAUAACGUACUGCAGUAGGGUUAGUGAUUCAAGAUGAGUUACGGAAGACCUCCGCCCGACGUCGAGGGCAUGACAUCUUUAAAAGUCGACAAUCUGACGUACCGCACGUCUCCUGAAACGCUUCGGCGGGUUUUCGAAAAGUACGGCCGGGUCGGGGACGUCUACAUCCCGAGAGACCGGUACACAAAAGAGAGCCGCGGGUUCGCUUUCGUGCGUUUUCAUGAUAAGCGGGACGCGGAAGAUGCAAUGGACGCCAUGGACGGCGCGCUGCUGGACGGGCGCGAACUGCGCGUGCAGAUGGCGCGAUACGGGCGCCCGCCAGAUUCGCAUUACAGCCGCCGCGGAGGCCCGCCGAGGAGGUACGGGGGACAUGGACGGAGAAGCCGAAGCCGUAGUCCUCGGCGCAGGAGGCACAGCAGGUCUAGGUCCAGGAGCAAGAGCCGUUCCCGUAGCAGGUCCCGCAACAGCCGAUCCAGGUCCUACUCCCGUUCCCGAUCUAGGUCCCGUUCCCGCUCCAAAACCCGCACACCACGCAGAAGCAAGUCCAAAUCGGCUUCCAGGUCCCGUUCAAGGUCUAAGUCCAAGUCUCGCUCCAGGAGCCAUACUCCUAGAUCCAACAAAGGAUCCAAAUCACGAUCCAGAUCAAGAAGCAGACCCAAGUCUCCAGAGGAUACUGGAGCCACUGCUGAAUCCUGAAAUGUAGGUGAGCAUAAUGCUUUGUAUUUAACUAUUUGUAAUUUUCUUGCAACUGGAGGAAUUUGUCAUCCAAGAAUUGUAAGAACAAAUGCAUUUUUUUGUAAUUAAAAAAAAAAGUUAAUAUCCCCAGUAGUCCUGAACUUUUGAUUUAAGCAGACCAACUAAUCACCCCAAUAUAACUCCUGCUUGAAGUGGGGUAAAUUGAAGGCAUGCAUAGCUCACUGAUCUCUUAAAAUGACUGCUUAAAAUUUUUAGUAGUGCCCUCUACUUUUCUCUUUCUUCAAGUCCUUCAAGACAUCUGCAGAUGUGGUAGAUGCAUCAUCUUAAAGGAGGUUUCAGGUUUUACCCAAAUUUAGUUUGGAGCUGUUAUUCGCAGCAUUUGUCUGGUAUCUCCGUUUCUGCAUGACUUAAGGGUUUAUUUUUAAUUCACAUCCUAAACCUCACAAUGGAUAUUUGAUUUGGAGCUGUCGUGGGUAUGAUACCGUAAGUAUAUUUGUUUUGAAACGUGUACCAGCCAAAAUCCAUUGAUUUCAUCUAAAUGUGGAAUUUUUUCCUCCAAGCUGCUGAUUCCUGUUUGCAAAAGAGGAGUUUGGGGCAGUUUGAGAGCAGUUAGUGUGUGAUCCGACCAUUGGCUGCCUGCUGCUGAUUGGCGGUUGCUAUGGAGCAGGUCGGU